AUGGACAAUCGAGAUUUUUGGCCAUAUAUGCGAGUAGCAAAACUGCCUGAAUUCAAUCCAUUAUUUAUUUCAUCAUCAUCAUCUCCAUCUCGACCUCCAUCUUUAUUAUCUCGGUGUAUUGACCAAAUUCGAAUAUUUUAUCGUUAUUGUUAUGUACAUUUAUAUGAUAUUAUUUUCUCAACUUUAUUUGGUUAUUUAACAUUAAAUGAAAAAUUAUAUGUUGCUAUACAUGAAAAUGAUUUAUUUGAAGCUCGAAAACUUCUAUCACAUGGUGCGUCACCAUCGUAUAUACCUAUUGAUUAUACAACGAUAUUUUCACAUAUUAUAAAAAAUAAACAUGAACUUAAAAAUUAUUAUGUAGAAAAAAGUCUUUUUGAUUCUAUACUUGCUAAUGAUAGUAUGUUAUAUAUGGCUGUAUCAAAUAAUAAUUUUAAUUUAGUUAAAGAAUUAAUUGAUUAUCAUGAUUAUGGACAUAACGGACAGCAUACAGAAGUUGUUUCGUUAUGUUUAGCUGUGAAACGUUGUUAUACAAAUAUUGUUGAAUAUCUUAUUGAUUAUGGUCAUAUUAAUCCAAAUGAUUGUGUUGAACCCGGUUGUAAACAUUGUAAAACUCAUUCCGACGAUAUACACCGUUAUCAAUAUCCUCUCUAUCAUGCGUGUCGACAAAAUCAUAUUAAGAUUGUUAAAUAUUUAGUUGAAUUAAAACAAUGUGAUAUAAAUCAAUUAACAACUACUUAUGAAACAUGUUUACAUGGAGCUAUAUUUGGUGCUGUUGACAAUCGUUUUGAUUCAUCAUUUAGUAAUCAACAACGUUUCGAAAUUGUUAAAUAUCUUUUAGCAAGAUCGAAUUGUAAUCCUGAUCUUGGUCUCAAUCCAUUAUGUAUUAGUCUUGCUCAUGAUUAUAUUUAUGAUUAUACUAGUUUAUUACUUUCUUAUAAAUGUAAUGUUAAUCGACUUGGUUGGAAUCUUUAUGAAACAAAAUCAACAAGUGAAAAACAAAAUAAUCAAAUAUUAUAUUCACUUGAUCAUCCAUUAAAUAUUUGUUUACGUCGUUUAUGUAAAGCAAAUGAUAAUACAACAAUAGCUGAUCAUUCUUCUCAUAAACAGCAUGCAUUAAAAUUAAUCAAUGAUGGUGCGAAUAUAUAUGCAAUGUAUAACUAUGGUUCGACUUAUCCAUUUUUACUUGCUAUUCAAACUGGUGAUAAAAUAAUAAUUGAAGCAAUAUUACAAAAUGCUAAAUCAUAUAUACGUUUGGAUAUUAUUGAACCACUUAUAAUUGCUUGUACAAAAUCAUAUCAUGAUAUUGUUCAACUCCUUGUCGAUUUUGGUUUUAAUCCAAAUACAAUAAUGAUAAAUCAAGUUAAUACGAAACUUAAAAAUCCUGUGUUAAACGAAAUAAGUUCACUAGAUUUCUUGACAUAUCUCGAUAUCUACUGUACAUCUUCUUCUGAAUCAUCGAUACCAAUGAGUUCUUCAUUAUCUCCAAUAGAAAACAAUCGUUCAUACACAUAUAUUAAUUAUGAACAAUAUGUAACACCAUUUUUAGCUCUAUCACGUACAUCUCCAUGGUUAUUUCAUCCUGAUAAAUACGAUUCAACAAUGAAAACAAUCGAAAAUCUUAUUUCACAUAUUUCAAUUGAUUUUACAAUUCGUCCAAAUCGUUUUGCAUUCUAUUAUGCAUUAUUAAAUGAACAUAUGCCAAUUGUUUAUUAUUGUUUAGCAAAUUUUUGUCCAAUAGAUCUACUUAAUUCUACAAUUGAUUUUACACAUUCGUCAUUAAAAACACAUUUUUCAUAUACAUUAUUUCACUUAAUAUCGGUUUGUUGCCGUUUAACAUCAAGUAAUCGAAUAAAACGUAUUUUAUUUGAUUCAUAUGCUAAAGCAAUAUUACGAAUUCAUACAUAUGAUCGCAUUUCAUCAAUGGCAAGUGUUGUAGCUUAUAUGAGAUUAUGGUUAACUGAUGAAGAUUUUGUUUGUGAUCAAACAUUAUUUGAACAUCUUAUGUCAUUACCAUAUGUUGAUGAUCUAGUUGAAGUAUAUGAUGAGAAAAGUUUACGUACAUUAUUUGGUAUGUAUUAUCAACGUUUCAUUGAACAUAAACCACGUUCAAGACCAAUGUGUACACUUAAACAAAUAUGUCGUACAAAAAUUCGUUCUUUUAGUCAAAUUAAUUGUGAACAUCAACAAGUAAAUAUGUUAAAAAUUCUUUCACAAUUAGAUUGUUUACCAAAGACUUUACAAGCUUAUUUGUGUUAUACUCGAAUAAAAUCAAAAUUAUUAAUUAAUUCUUUGUUAAACAAUGAACCAUGGAAUACUAUACAAUGGAUGUAA